AUGGACAUUAAAGAUGCUUCAGAAACAACCAAGCGACAAAAUGAUUCUGCAUUUUGGAAAAUGUUAUCUGAAGUUCUAAAUGAAACAACAAUGGAGGAACAAGCAUCUGACAGAGAUCAAUUAUUUCACCCAAUUCCAGGCUCUGAUGUGACCUCUGGGGACAAAGACGAACAAUCAGAGCUACAGGAAGUCAAGUUAAAAUUAAUGCUGGGCAUCUCGUUCAUGACCCUCUUCCUUUUCCUCAUCCUCCUGACAAUCUGUGGUGUCACGUUGUACAAACUGAACAAGCUGAGUUCUAAAAAUGUAUGUGAGACUCCAUACCCAGUCAACCCAGAGCUGGCUGCCCUGUCUUAUUUUCACCCCACAGAAGGUGUAUCAGACACAUCUUUCUCAAAGAGUGCUGAGAGCAGCACAUUUUGGGGCAACGCUCCCUCCGAAUUUAGAAGACCAGGCAUAAGAAAGUCUAAAUCUAGAAAUAUGGCAGAUAUGAUUUCGACAGCCUCAGAAGAUACAUGUGUAAAUGAUGAGUCAGACUUACCUCACAGUGAGUAUCCAGAGUUUCUGAGUCAGUUUGGGGUGGCCUUUGAGCAGCGGUCCAUGCUACCCUCUGCCGGUUACUUGUGCAAUUUUCCAUGCCCUUUGAACAGCCAACAAGCCGGCGAUUGCUGCCAGCGUUUGUACUGUCACUUCAGGCACCGGGAGAUGCUGUGGGAACGGAAUGAGGCAGGCAGAUGCAGCUGCUUGGCGGCGCUCUGGGUGCAGAAGAACCAGGUUGAGUACACGGGUGAGAAAGGGCUUGCGGGAGGACUGCUAGGUGGGCUCGGGGAGGAGCUGACCACCAAGCAGCUCCACAUUUUUUCUCCACCCGUCCUUGGGAGGUACCAAGGAUUUUCUUGA